CAUCCUUCGCCACCAUGAGCCACUCAUCGGGCCUCCGGACCAGCGUCAGCUCCACCUCGUACCGCCGCACCUUCGGGCCCCCGCCUUCGCUGUCGCCCGGAGCCUUCUCCUACACGUCCAGCUCGCGCUUCUCCGGCAGCCGCCCGCUGGGCUCCGCGUCCUCGGUCUCCUCGGUGCGCUUGGGCAGCUUCCGCGGUCCCCGGGCCGGCGCAGGCGCCCUCCUGCGACUGCCCUCGGAGCGCCUCGACUUCUCCAUGGCCGAGGCGCUCAACCAGGAGUUCUUGGCCACGCGCAGCAACGAGAAGCAGGAGCUGCAGGAGCUCAACGACCGCUUCGCCAACUUCAUCGAGAAGGUGCGCUUCCUGGAGCAGCAGAACGCGGCCCUGCGCGGGGAGCUGAGCCAGGCCCGCGGGCAGGAGCCGGCGCGCGCCGACCAGCUGUGCCAGCAGGAGCUGCGCGAGCUGCGCCGGGACAGCCGCCUCAGACCCAGGUCCCCUGAGGCGUGGACGGGGAGAGCUGGGCGGUGCCCCAGAAUCUCAGCCUCAGCCCUCUCUGUCUCCAGGCUGGACGACGAGGCGCGCAAGCGGGAGGAUGCCGAGCAUAAUCUGGUGCUAUUCCGAAAGGACGUAGAUGAUGCCACCCUGUCCCGCCUGGAGCUCGAGCGCAAGAUUGAGUCUCUGAUGGAUGAGAUUGAGUUUCUCAAGAAGCUGCACGAGGAGGAGCUGCGAGACCUGCAGGUCAGCGUGGAGAGCCAGCAGGUGCAGCAGGUGGAGGUGGAGGCCACUGUGAAGCCGGAGCUGACCGCGGCGCUGCGGGAUAUCCGCGCACAGUACGAAAACAUCGCGGUGAAGAACCUGCAGGAGGCGGAAGAGUGGUACAAGUCUAAGUACGCAGACCUGUCCGACGCCGCCAACCGGAACCACGAGGCCCUGCGACAGGCCAAGCAGGAGAUGAACGAGUCCCGACGGCAGAUCCAGAGCCUGACGUGCGAGGUGGACGGGCUGCGCGGCACGAACGAGGCGCUGCUCAGACAGCUGCGGGAGCUGGAGGAGCAGUUCGCCUUGGAAGCCGGCGGCUACCAGGCGGGCGCCGCGAGGCUGGAGGAGGAGCUGCGGCAGCUCAAGGAGGAGAUGGCGCGGCACCUGCGCGAGUACCAGGAGCUCCUCAACGUCAAGAUGGCCCUGGACAUCGAGAUCGCCACCUACCGGAAACUGCUGGAGGGCGAGGAGAGCCGGAUCUCUGUGCCAGUCCAUUCCUUUGCGUCCUUGAAUAUAAAGACCACUGUGCCUGAGGUGGAGCUUCCGCAGGACAGCCACACCCGGAAGAUGGUGCUGAUCAAGACCAUUGAGACCAGGAAUGGGGAGGUGGUGACGGAGUCUCAUAAGGAGCAGCGCAGCGAGCUGGACAAGGCUUCAACUCACAGUUACUGAGCCCCUCGGACGGGAGCUCCCGGCCCCCGCCGGAACUGGAAGCCCAAACCCCAACACCAGUCCUUAAUUCGCCGCCCCCCACCCCAGCCCUGCAUGUAUCUCUCGUGUGGCCUCAGCCACCGUCCCUGGCCCAUGACCACACCUGUGCAGUCAGCAGUAGCCCUGCCCUGAUGAAUAGCGACCUGGAAAGAAGAGAAGUGUUGCUCCUGACAAGCCCACCCUUGCAGUGAUCGCAUGACUGGUGGGUGGCCUGAGUUUCACUUUUGAUUCAAAUAAAUUAUCUUGAGAAGUC